AUGAAGUGGGAAAUCCUUGGCGAGACUACCGGCGGGACCACGAGGCAUUUGAGUAUCACACAAACGCGCUGCGGGGGCUCUGUGAGCUUUCGCGGCGUACUGGAACACAGACCCUACUCAGCGACAGCUUCCAGCUUGCCGAAUCAGCUUGAUGCUGAUAAGCUUUCAGGUAUGAGUACCAAAAUCCUGAAAAGGGUGCCCCGUGUAACACUGAAUGUUAUUAAGGUAUUUCAUGGUGCGGAGUAUGAUUGGCUCCCUCAUCUAGAGGCAGUGACCACCGUCCUCAGCAUGCAUUCGCCAGAAGCCCUACUUGGUAAUAUUGCGUCUGCCAGCCGCACAGGUACCGCUAAGGUCGACGACAGUUGCCAUCCAAAUAACGUCCAAGCUCAUCCGGACUUCGAAUUUCUCAUACUGCACUCAAUAUGGUUCGAUAUCCUAGCGUGUGUCUCAGUCGGCCGGGUGCCACGGAUUGAGUACAGACAAUGGCUCGAAAAGCCAACAUUAAACCUUGAGAUGGCCGACCUGAUGGGCUGUUACAACUGGGUAAUGAUAUCUAUUGGUGACUUGGCGCACCUUCGAGGGUGGGGAACCGCCAUGAAGGCCAAAGGAGCAUUGAGUGUGCCACAAUUGGUGAGGAGAACCCAGGAGAUUGAAGCACGGUUACACGACGGCAUCCAUGAAUUGGAAUCGACCAUUAAAGGAGAUACUGAGAUCCUCCCAGCUACAUGGGUCUCGCUCAUAUUUGCACUCGCGUCCCUGGUUCUAUCAAAUACCCUAGCAUCAGGACCAUUGGCGUCGCUCCCAGAAAUCAGGGAAACUGUUGGCAAAGCCGUGAAAGUGCUCCGCUCUUGGCCCCAAACGAUUCCCCUCCACGGCCUCGUAUGGGCACUGUGCAUUAUAGGAUGCAUGGCCGAGUCCGAGCAUCAGCCGUUCUUAGAGACACUUCUGGCCAACUUUGCCGAAGAAUGUAGAGGACUCGGAAAUGCUAGAACAGUCCUCAAAGUCGUCAAAGAUUACUGGGCAGCACAGGAGCUCCAACAUCAAAGAAACAGUAUGAACCUAGAAUUCAUGGUAGAAGUUCGUGCGUUAUUUAUAUAA